AAACUCUACACAAGCACCCUCAUCAGCAUGUUGAUGCACCUCUGGUGUGGAGCAAAGCUGCAAGAUCCACUUUCAUCAGUAGGCAACAAAAGGACGCACCAAAAACAAGUAUGAGCGAAGGAUCCGCGCCCUGACGCGCCUCGCUGCGCGCUGGACCGGGGACUGUUUGGACUAGAAUGAAGCGCCAUGGCUUGGUGUGACCGCGGGGUUCAAACGCUGCUGGCCACAGUGGGGGCUUUCGCUGCUUUCAGCCUGAUGACCAUCGCCAUCGGCACGGACUACUGGCUCUACUCGCGGGCGUACAUCUGUAACACCACCAAUGCCAGCACGGAGGAGACCCAGACGCAGCCCAGAACUAAGAAGGGCGAUCUCACCCACUCCGGACUGUGGAGAAUCUGCUGUAUUGAAGGCAUCAACCAAGGCAGCUGUUACAGGAUCAAUCAUUUCCCUGAUGACAACGAUUACGACACAGACAGCUCUGAAUAUCUGCUACGGAUAGUCCGUGCCUCCAGCGUGUUCCCCAUCCUCAGCACCGUUCUGUUGAUGCUCGGCGGGCUGUGUGUCGGUGUGGGCCGAGUAUACAACAAGACGAACAACGUCCUCCUCAGCGCAGGCAUUCUUUUUGUGGCAGCAGGUCUGAGCAACAUAAUUGGCAUCAUUGUCUACAUCUCCAGCAACGCUGGAGACCCCAGCGAUAAACGUGACGAUGACAAGAAGUACACCUACUCCUAUGGCUGGUCCUUUUACUUUGGAGCCCUGUCUUUUAUAGUAGCUGAAACUGUGGCGGUCCUCGCCAUCAACAUCUACAUCGAGAAGAACAAAGAAGUUCGCUGGAGGGCGCGCCGUGAGUUUAUCCGCUCACUCUCCUCCUCUUCCCCAUAUUCAAGAAUACCAAGCUUCCGCUACCGUCGACGGACGUCGCACGCCAGUUCUCACUCCACGGAGGCCUCCAGGGAGAACUCGCCUGUGGUCGGCCUGAAGGGGGCGCAGUCUUCCAGCGGACCCCUGGAUGAGUUGUCCAUGUACGCCCUGGCAAGGGACAGCGUGACUGAGAACACCUACAGCCCUGAGCACGAGGCUGAGUUCCUCCAGGUUCAUAACUGUUUCCCCAAUGACUUAAAGGAUGGCGUGAAUCGCAGGACCACACCUGUGUGAGUGUCAUGGUUCACCUGAAGGAGGAUGAGGUGAAGUAGAACUAGUGGUGUGACCUGCUAGAGUACCUGUGGCAGCUCGAAGACAAUCUGCCUAUUUUGAAAGGACCAAAAUCCAACAAGAGGAUAGUCAGUUGGACAGAGGAUGAGCCAAUAAAUUCAAUUUGUAUUUAUAAUCUGCUUUUAGACACCAUUAAAGCAGAUCUACUGUUAUCUGUGU